AUGGCUCCUAAUCCUCCUAAGCCUGAAGAAUUGCCCAUAGAAUGCAGAGAAAUUAUGAUGGAAUACUCCAAGCAAGUAAUUGAAUUGGCGCGCUCUUUGCUUAAAUUGUUAUCAGAAGGUCUGGGACUGGAGUCGAACCACCUGAUAAACAUGGACUGUGCAGAAGGGCUUGGAAUGAUCUGUCACUAUUAUCCAGCUUGUCCAGAGCCCGAACUCACAUUCGGUACGACCAAGCAUUCCGACAAUGAUUUCAUAACAGUGCUUCUACAAGACAAUCUAGGAGGCCUUCAAGUGCUACAUCAAAAUCAGUGGGUUGAUGUUCCACCUACACCUGGUGCCUUGGUGAUAAAUAUUGGAGAUCUUCUACAGCUUAUAUCGAACGACAAAUUCAAAAGUGCUGAACACAGAGUACAAGCAAGCCUUGUUGGUCCAAGAAUAUCUGUGGCUGGUUUUGUUAGCACGGGACCUUACCAGACCUCAAAGGUUUAUGCACCAAUUAAGGAGUUGUUGUCAGAAGAUAAUCCCCCGAAGUAUCGUGGAACCACUGUGAAGGAGUACACAGACUACUUCCGUGACAAAGGGCUUGAUGGCACUUCUGCCUUACUUCAUUUCAAACUGAACUAAGAUGUAAACGGAUGCAGAUUAGCAUCAUGGUUGCUGAGAAACCAUUUUCAGAAGUCAAAAGAAGAGAUCUAUGUGAAAUCUUUGUAUAUUUGAUAGUGUUUAAUACUGUCAAAACCAGCCGACAAAAUAUGUCAAGUUAUAGUAGUGUUGAAUGCACAAGAAAAUUCCUUCUCACCUUGUAA